AUGAAGGACGGGCACAUCCCCUGGUCAGAGACGGCUCUGUGGAUGAACGCCCGCGUUCUGGCGCUCGGCGGCUCCUGGCGCCCUCCCGGAGUGCGCGGCUUCACACUUUACCGGAUCUGGGUGCUCUUCACGCAGUUCAGCUUCCUCAUCGGGCAGCUGCAGGGGCUGUACUACUUCUGGGGAGACGCCAACAGGAUCAUCCAGGACGUGUGCCUCCUGGUCACCACCAUACUGGGCCUCUUCAAGUUCUUCGUCUUCGUCAUCAAGCAGGAGGACGUCUUCAAGAUCGUGCAGACCAUCGACGACCGCAGGCGGGAGCAGGGUAAACUGGAGAACCCGCGCAUAACGUCGAUCCUGGACGCGUCGUACAGCUCGGCCAAGACGAUCACGGUGUGCAUGGCCGGUGUGGGCGGCACCGCCCCCGCCGUCUGGGCCAUCAUGCCGCUAGUCAUGCGGAGCUUGGGCGUCGGCCCUCCGGAGCGCGAGCUGCCCGCCAUGGCGUGGUACACCAGCCGCGACACCGUCUCCCCGGUCUACGAGCUGCUGUACAUACUGCAGUACUUCAGCAUGCAGUACUCGUACUUCGCCGCCAUGUGCCUCGACCUGUUUUUCGCGUGUCUCAUCAUCCACGUAGCUGCCCAGCUGGAGGUUCUCAACGUCAGGCUCAGCCAAAUUCGAGAAAACUUGUACCGUAAAGACCGUACGAGUGAGCCGCUAGGAGAUACCAAGGACGAGGAUGUAGAGGAAGGUUCAGCAUGGAGGGAACUGUCUGAGUGCGUGGAGCACCACAAAGACGCCAUAAAGUUAGUAGACGACUUGGAAACUUUAGUGAAUCCAAUUAUUCUUUCCCAAUUCAUGGGGGCCACAAUUAUAAUAUGCGUGACGUUAUUCCUAAUUACAACUAACAAUCAACACUUCGUAGCACUCGUGAGACUACAGGCAUAUCUUGCAGUGGUCGUGUACGAAAUAUUCAUGUACUGCUGGUUCGGUGACGACAUUAUGUACCAGAAUUCCCGGCUGGUGAAUUCUGUGUACACGUGCGGCUGGCCGGGCGCGCCGCAGAAGCUGCAGAAGGCUCUCAUAAUUAUUCUACUGCGAGCCCAGAGGCCCCUCGGAGUCACGGCUGGCAAGUUCUAUCGCGUUUCCCGAGAGACGUUUGUGAGCCUGAUGAAGGCAUCCUACUCCUAUUACGCACUGCUCAACCAGAUGAAUGACUGA